AUGUUUUCUAGUGGUCCAAAAUAUCAAAAGUUGACAACUUACUUGAGAUUAGCUAUCAAUAGACUGAAACUUUUAGAAAAGAAGAAGUCGGAACUGGCCGUCAAAGCCAGGCGAGAAAUAGCUGACUACAUAACAAAUGGCAAGGAAGACAGGGCGAGAAUUAGGGUGGAGCACAUAAUUCGGGAAGAUUAUCUCGUGGAGGCCAUGGAAAUCGUAGAAAUGUACUGUGAUUUGUUGAUAGCAAGAAUGGGAGUCCUCCAAACAUCCAAAAGCAUGGAUGAGGGCUUGGAGGAACCAAUAGCCAGCAUUCUCUGGUCAACUCCUCGACUGCAAAGUGACGUGAGCGAGUUGUCAGUUAUCUCUGAUCAGUUGGCAUUGAAAUAUGGCAAGGAAUAUGUUGCCAGCUGUCGGAAGAACAGUUUGAAUAAUGUUAAUGAAAAGUUAAUUCAUAAACUCAACAUUCAUGCUCCUCCAAAAGUUUUGGUGGAGAAAUACAUGGAGGAGAUUGCCAGGUUGUCUAUUUUUUCGUUUCUACUUUGUUGA